GGGUUGUCUCUUUGUGAUUUCCCUUUGCGAUGUGACGGUUUCGUAACUGCGGCUCCAGUACGGUUUAGGAAGCGUUGGGUUGUUUUACCAGGAAUUCUUCCGAUUCUUAGGGAGUUAAUUGAUCUUGAUCGUACUUAGCUAGAGAACCCAGGACAAUUUAGGGUCCAUUCUGGAGGCAUUGUAUGGCGCAAGCUGGGUGGUGGGAAGGCUGUGGAAGUUGAUAAAUCUGACAUAGUGAGUUUGAUGUGGAUGAAAGUUCCAAGAGCAUAUCAGCUUGGUGUACGGAUUAAAGCGGGACUUGUUUACAAGUUCACAGGCUUCCGCGAGCAGGAUGUCAACAAUUUGACAAGCUAUAUGCAAAAUAAAGUGGAUAUAACACCAGAGGAGAAACAACUGUCAAUUAGUGGCCAAAAUUGGGGUGAAGUAGAUCUAAAUGGAAAUAUGUUGACUUUCUUGGUUGGUUCAAAGCAAGCUUUGGAGGUAUCUUUAGCAGAUGUAUCUCAGAUACAUUUACAAGGCAAGAAUGAUGUUAUGUUGGAGUUUCAUUUGGAUGAUACUACUGGUGCAAAUGAGAAGGACUCACUGAUGGAAUUGGCCUUCCACGUACCUAAUACAAAUACAACCUUUGUUGGAGAUGAAACACGGCCUCCAGCGCAGGUUUUCCAAGAAAAAAUGAUGUCCAUGGCAGACGUUGGUGCAUCAGGUGAGGAAGCUGUUGCUAUGUUUGAUGGGGUUGCUAUAUUAACUCCUAGAGGACGCUACAAUAUUGAGCUUCAUAUGUCAUUUUUGCGGCUUCAAGGACAAGCAAAUGAUUUCAAGAUUCAGUACAGCAGCAUAGUUCGUCUUUUUCAGUUGCCUAAGUCUAAUCAACCACAUAUUUUUGUUAUUGUUACAUUGGAUCCGCCUAUUCGGAAGGGGCAAACUUUGUAUCCACAUAUUGUGAUGCAGUUUGAACGGGACAGAGUCAUUGAAAGUAAGCUGUCCAUUAGUGAAGAUCUCUUGAAAACAAAGUACAAGGACAGGCUAGAAGCAUCUCAUAAGGGUUUGAUAGCUGAUGUAUUCACUCAGACAUUGAGAGGAUUAUCUGGUGCUAAAGUAACACGACCUGGGAAAUUCCGUAGUGCUCAGGAUGGCCUGGCAGUAAAGUCAUCAUUAAAAGCUGAAGAUGGAAUUCUCUAUCCUCUUGAGAAGGGCUUUUUCUUUCUGCCCAAGCCCCCCACACUUAUAUUGCAUGAUGAGAUUGAGUAUGUUGAGUUUGAGAGGCAUGGAGCUGGAGGGGCGGUUAUGUCAUCUCACUACUUUGAUCUGUUAGUAAAAUUGAAAAGCGAACAGGAGCAUCAAUUCAGGAACAUUCAGAGAAAUGAAUAUCAUAAUCUCUUUGAUUUUAUAAGCUCAAAAGGUUUGAAGAUCUUGAACCUCGGCGCCACCCAGACAACAGGGGGUGUUGCAGAUGUUCUUAAUGAUGAUGAUGAUGAUGCUGUUGACCCUCAUCUUGAGCGCAUAAAAAAUCAACGCGAUGAAGGUGGUGAAGAAAGCGAUGAAGAGGAUGAAGAUUUUGUUGUUGAUAAAGAUGAUAGUGGUUCCCCUACUGAUGAUUCAGAAGAAGAAGAUUCAGAUGCCAGUGGAAGUGCAGAAGACAGGGAAAAGCCCGCAAGGAAAGAGGCUAAAAAAGAGUCUGUUACUGCAAAAUCUACUCCUGGGAAAAAAAAGUCAAGGGAUGAGGGUGAUGAUGGUUCGAAAAAAAGAAAGCAGCCAAAGAAGAAAAAGGAUCCAAAUGCACCAAAGAGAGCCAUGUCUGCGUUUAUGUUUUUCUCAACAAGUGAAAGAGAAAAUGUUAAGAGGAGCAACCCUGGGUUGUCCUUUACUGAUGUUGGGAGGGCCCUUGGGGAGAAAUGGAAGAAAAUUUCUGGAGAAGAGAAAGAGCAGUAUGAGGGGAUGGCACGUGCAGAUCAGAAGCGAUACAAGGAUGAAAUGGCUGGGUAUAAGAGUGGUCCUAUCCAUGUCGACUCUGAAGAUGAGCCAGCCAGCGAUUAGUGCCCAUCCACUCACGGGAAGAGCUCUGUUGCUCUGUGCGACGGCACUGUUGAUAGAUUAGUAGGUGUACAGUCCUCUUUCGCACUGACCUCCUGACCGUAGUAGUUUCGUCAUGUUUGUUCUUGAUUCUGAAUAGUCAUGCAGAGAAACAGCUGCUAAUUGUACUUCUGUCCAGAAUAGCUGUUUGGGCGGGGACUUUCACCUCAGUCCAGCCAAAGAACGGAUGGUACAUCCGCUGGUUUCUUUGCGGUUGUAACAACGCUUACAUUUACAAAUCAACGCAUUUCUGUGA